CUUUUUAGAGGUGGCCUCAGCAACAUGUUGUUUCAGUGCUCACUACCUGAUACCGUUGAGACAGUGGCAGAUGAACCACGGAAAGUUCUGCUGCGCUUAUACGGUGCAAUCCUGCAGAUGAGGUCCUGUAAUAAGGGAGAGUCUGUACAGUCUCAGAAGGAAAAUGACUUGCAAGGGGCAGAAGCCAUGGUUCUGGAAAGUGUUAUGUUUGCCAUUCUUGCAGAGAGAGCGCUCGGCCCAAAGCUGUAUGGAAUCUUUCCACAAGGACGACUGGAGGAGUUCAUUCCUAGCAGGAAACUGAGCACUGAAGAGCUAAGCUUGCCUGACAUAUCUGCUGAAAUAGCUGAGAAGAUGGCUAGAUUUCAUGGCAUGAAAAUGCCAUUUAAUAAAGAACCUAAGUGGCUUUUUGGAACAAUGGAAAAAUAUCUAAAUCAAGUGCUGAGAAUUAAAUUUACCAGAGAAUCCAAAACUAGAAAACUGAACAAACUCCUCAGUUACAAUCUCCCCCAGGAAAUGAAAAAUCUCAGAGCUAUGCUUGAAGCUACUUCUUCACCAGUUGUAUUUUGCCACAAUGACUGUCAAGAAGGUAAUGUCUUACUUCUGGAAGGCAGAGAAAAUUCAGAAAACCAAAAGCUGAUGCUCAUUGACUUUGAAUACAGCAGCUAUAAUUACCGAGGAUUUGACAUUGGAAAUCACUUCUGUGAGUGGAUGUAUGAUUACACAUAUGAGAAGUACCCGUUUUUCAAAGCCAGUGCUCUUAAAUACCCUUCAAAGAAACAACAGCUUCAUUUUAUCUCCAGUUACCUGUCUGCAUUUCAUGAUGGCUUUGAAAAUCUGAGCAAUGAAGAGAAGUCCAAACUAGAAGAAGAAGUGUUGAUAGAAGUUAACAGGUUUGCCCUUGCAUCACACUUCUUCUGGGGUCUGUGGUCUAUUAUACAAGCAAAGAUCUCAUCCAUUGAGUUUGGUUACCUGGAAUAUGCGUCAUCCAGAUUUGAUGCCUACUUUGAACAGAAGAGGAAGCUGGAGGUGUGAGUGUGGGAGGAGUGGCCUGUUGGUUACUGUGUGAAGAGGGCAGCUGGACAGAACUUUCACUGUGCUUAGGCUACUGUAUCUCUAACGAAGGUGUCACUGAAUUCCAGUCCCUGGGAAUGCAGGUGUACAGUACUGAAGACUGUAUAAAAAUGACUUGUUUACAGUUUCGUAAAUACUUGGAAUGAGAUUGGGAGGCAAAAUUAAAAUACAACAGUGCAAUAUCUUUGAGUCUUUUCAAUCUAGAAGCUAUUUUAUAUUAUGGGAGAAGCUUACAAUUAAGUGUCAAUACCACAUGCAUCAGAGCAAACUUACUGUGAGUACAUUUCUGGGGGGUGUUGGCAUUAUGGUUUGUGUAUUGUAAGCAGAACAGUUGCAAAAGGUGAUUCAUUGUAGAAACUGCCUCUUAAAGAGAAGGAAAAGGGAAGGAGACAACUGUUAAACUGUGAAGUAGGCUGAAAAGCUUACUGUGAGGUUAGGUUCAACAUGCCCCAUGAACACUAUCUUCAAAGCUGCUGAUAUGUUACACCACUUUAACCAGAAGCAACUAAACACAUGGAAGCAACGUGCUUUAAAGUGU